AUGCGAUCGAGCUCCUCAAAUCGAGACGUAGGCGGUGUGCUUGUAGAAGACAUUUUGACACUCAAGUCUCGCCUAGUAAGGAAGCUUAAUCGUUCAACUACAAUAGGGUGUGUAUGCCAUAGUGGGUAUGGUUGUCGAGAUUUUGGGGGUCGUAUAAGCACAAUACACGUGGCCACAACUGUGAGGCUAUGGUACAAUCCACUAGCCCUUGAGUUCGAGAGAGUCGAUUGGCAAUGGAGGAACUGA